AUGAGCGAAUUUACGGACCAAUCACGUACGGGAUUACAGUUAGGUCUCCCGCGGACUCAGACCUGUGACCUAUUCAUGGCGUCGAAAAAGCCGCAGAGUAGCGCUGUUAAAGCUCUCCAGAAAGAGUUGUUGGAACUCAAUGCGACCCCAGUAGAGGGGUUCAAAGUUAAUAUAUCUUCAGUUGAGAACAUGUUUGUAUGGGAUGUUGCAAUAUUUGGGCCCCCGAAGACGCUCUAUGAAGGAGGCUAUUUCAAGGCUCGUCUUUUCUUCCCACCUGAUUAUCCCUAUAGUCCGCCCUCCAUGCAGUUCCUCACUAAGAUGUUUCACCCCAACAUCUAUGCUGAUGGCGAAGUUUGCAUAUCCAUUCUGCAUUCACCAGGUGAGGAUCCUCAGAGUGACGAGCUCGCUUCUGAACGGUGGAAUCCGACCCAAAAUGUCCGGACAAUUCUUUUAAGCGUAAUUUCUCUCCUGAACGAGCCAAACAUACACUCAGCUGCUCAUGUGGACGCCUCUAUUUCGUACAGAAAGUGGAAAGAAUCGAACGGCAAGGAGAACGAGUUCGAACAGAUAGUCAGUGAACAUACUGAACUGGGUACAAGCGAUUACAUGGGGCGGGUUAGUUGCAAUAUGACAUCAAAGUCCUCCGAGGUUCACAUGUAUUCAGAAGAAAAGAGAGCGUUCAGCUGUAGCACCCUUCCGGUGCCUAGCUGCCAUGCCACCCGAAGGAAGCACGAGGGCUGGGAUACUGCCAGGUUGCCCGAGCCUAGACAGGGGAAGUCGAGUGGCGGAGGUCGGAUUCGAAACACGGACCUCCCGAGCAAUAACCGCCGAAUAACUGUACCAACUGUGGCGCGUGCCAUCUCGUUAAAUUUCGGAGCCGAGCCAAAUGGCGCCACAACCCCGAUCGAAACCGUUCAUUUUGUUAAAAUACGCGACAUCACCACCAGAGACGGUAAAAUCAGUGUCGACACUAAUGCUUCACUGCCGUACAACCAUAAAGUUCAUCUAAUUGUAUUUGAAGCCUUGGAGUUGAAAGAAGAAAAUAGUAGUGCCUACGCCUCCGAGCGCUCAGUCAGGCAAUCUAGAAAGAAACUAACAGCACGAACGCCACUGACAUCGAUCAACCGCUAUUUCUUGCAAUGUCUUCAGCCGAGCGCUGGGAGGUCCACGGGGACUUCAUCCUGGAAUGCGUGA